AUGCCCAACAUCUACAUCAACCUUUUAAAACCCUUAAACAAAAAAGUCAACAAACAAUCACUUCUACCUCACAAUGGAUCAAAACCCAUCUCAACCAGCACUGUCCCAGUCCCCACCCACAAGCAAAUAGCCCAUCUCAUUUUAGAUCAAAAAUCUGCAAGCCAAGCUCUCGAGACCUUCAGAUGGGCAUCCAGACUCGCCAAUUUCACUCACAAUCUAUCCACCUACAGAGUCUUGAUCCACAAGCUUUGCACUUUCCGGCAAUUCGACAUUGUCAAUCAAGUGCUUGACGAAAUGCCGAAGUCAAUUGGUUUGCCUCCGGAUGAUGACAUUUUCGUCACCAUAGUACGCAGUCUUGGCAGGGUUAAAAUGACACGGGAAGUGAUCGGCGUACUUGACUUGGUUUCCAUGUUUGGAAAGGGCCCUCCAUCUUUGAAACUGUUCAAUUCAAUUCUUGACAUUCUUGUCAAGGAAGAUAUUGACGUUGCAAGAGAGUUCUACAGGGUGAAAAUGAUGCGGAAUGGGGUUCAGGGUGAUGAUUACACUUACGGAAUUUUGAUGAAAGGGCUUUGCUUGACAAAUAGAAUUGGUGAUGGGUUUAAGCUUCUGCAAGUAAUGAAGACUCGUGGCAUGAAGCCAAAUGCCGUUGUCUAUAACACGUUGAUCAAUGCUCUUUGCAAGAAUGGCAAGGUUGGGAGAGCUAGGAGCUUAAUGGGUGAAAUGAAGGAAUUUAAUGACGUGACUUUCAAUAUUUUGAUAUCAGCAUAUAGUAACGAGAAUAAUAUUGUGCAGGCUCUUACUAUGAUCCAAAAGUGCUUUAGUAAUGGGUUUGUGCCGGAUGUUGUUCCUCUGACUAAGGUGAUUGACAUUCUAUGCAAUGCAGGGCGGGUUUCCGAGGCAGUUGAGAUUGUAGAGAGAAUGGAGGAGAAAGGAGGGACGAUUGAUGUUGUGACUUAUAAUACUCUGAUCAAUGGUUUUGUCAGAAUAGGGAAAGUUAGAGUGGGGUGUCGUUUUCUUAAGGAAAUGGAGAUAAAGGGAUGUCUGCCGAACACUGAGACAUACAAUGCCUUGAUCUCUGGUUUCUGUGAAUCCAGGAUGUUGGAUUCAGCUCUUGACAUGUUUCACGAAAUGAAAAGAGUCGGCUUAAUUUGGAACUUUGACACCUACGAUACAUUAAUUUAUGGUUUGUGUUCUGGUGGAAGGAUGCAAGAUGGGUUUAAGAUCUUGGAAUUGAUGGGAGAGAGUGGAGGAGUUUCUAUCAGUCGCCUCAGGCCUUAUAAUAGCAUUAUAUACGGUUUAUACAAAGACAACUGUUUGGAUGAAGCACUAGAUUUUCUAAAAGACAUGAGAAAUUUGUUUCCUAAGGCUGUGGAUAGGAGUUUGAGGAUACUUGAUUUCUGUCAAGAGGGUAGUAUGAGGGAAGCAAAGAAUCUUUUUGAUAAGAUGAUUGAAGAAUAUAGUUUUCCAAGUGCUCUAAUUUAUGCAAGUUUAGUUCAGGGAUUUUGCCAAAAUGGAUGUAUGAAGGAAGCUGUCGAGCUAGUGAAUGGGAUGAUGAGUGUCGGUUAUUUUCCUGUUGCAUCGACUUUUAAUGCCUUAAUCGGUGGGUUCUGCAGGCAGGGAAACAUUGGGAGCGCUUUGAAGUUCAUGGAUGACGUGAUGGAAAGAGGAUGUUUGCCUGAUUCUAAAAGCUACGGUAUUUUACUCAAUGCGUUAUGUAGUGAAGGCAACGUUCAAAAAGCUUCGAUGUUGCUUCUGCAAAUGGUCGACAAUGGUAUUCUUCCCGACUGUCAUUCAUGGAAUGCAUUGGUUCUCUGUCUUUGUAAGGGAUCGGAAUGGAUAGAACGCAAGAAUAUUUUCCAUGUGCAUAAACUAUUACAGUGCCUCGUAGAAACCUGA